GCAGCAUCCGAAACUCGUCAACAAGGUGCUCAAUACGGAAUUGUACCAGCAGCGCCAUCUUGGUUUGUUAGAGAAGACAGGAAGAUUUUUUCUAAAAUAACUCACAAAAAUAUUAUGAAAUGUAAGAAAUAGCAGAACGAAGAGGAAAUUGGUAAAUUUCAUUGAUACAAGUGCGACAGGAUCUCAUAAAACACAAACUUUGACAUGGCAAAGAAGAAAGAAGGAUGCUGUCGGAAAUUCAUGAAAUUUCUCUUUUCUCACGUGGGACUAUGUGUUUUGGUGGCCCUCUACUGCGUGGCGGGGGGAUUUAUAUUUAGACACCUGGAACAAAACAACGAACAGCAAAUCUGCUAUGACUCUAGAAACGAAUAUGUUCCUAUGGAGAACAAAACACUAUCUCAGAUGAUCAGCGUGAUGACGGAGAACGAAGGAAACGCCAACAAAGACGUCAUGACGAUCCAACUUCGGAGUAUCCUCGAGACAUUCAGAGAUAAUAGCAUCGCUAUUGGUUACGGGGGUGAUAUCUGUGGGGACUAUGGCAAGGAAGGGGGUCCGCCGUACAAAUGGUCUUUUCCUGGAGCCCUCUACUUCUCUGUCACUGUCAUUUCUACUAUAGGUUAUGGACAUAUCGCACCCAAGACGUUUUGGGGCCGGUUGGUGUGUAUCGCAUAUGCCAUGUUAGGGAUACCAUUGAUGCUUCUUUGUCUGGCGAACAUCGGGGAAGUGUUGGCUGAUAUUUUCAGGUUCAUUUAUUCAAAGAUCUGCUGUUGUGGUUGUUGUCGAAAGAAGGACAAAACUAAGGUUGUCCAAAUCAAACCCGUGGCUCAGGAACCCAACUGGAACAACGAUAAAUCCAAGAUCAUUACGGCUGCCCCACCAAUGGGUACCAGCGAUUUCAGCAAGAUACCACCAAAGACACCGGACAGCGUGAAAGGAAGAAGUGAUGAUGGCAAGCCCGUUAAAAUUAUACCAUUGGAUAUCAAGUCUUUCAAUAAACAACAGGAGUUGGCCAACCGAUCACAGCAGGUUAGAGGAGAGCCGAUGAUUAUGGAUGAUGACAGCGAUGACGAAGACGAUGAUUUGGAUGAGAAGAAGAUCACGGUUCCAUUGACAGUUACAAUGAUUGUCAUUGCCGGCUACAUUUUGGGCGGUGCCAUGUUAUUCGGUUUAUGGGAGACUUGGGACGAGCUUCAAUCAGCAUACUUCUGCUUCAUCACGCUCAGUACCAUCGGCUUUGGUGACGUAGUUCCGGGAACAGAUUUCGACAACCCCCAGCAGACGGCGCAACUAAUUCUGGGUGCGGUUUACGUGUUGUUUGGAAUGGCGAUUCUGUCCAUGUGUUUUUCGUUGAUGCAGGAUGAAAUCAUAGCUAAGUGCAAGUGGGUUGGACAAAAAUUGGGAAUAAUUGACAAAGACGAUGACUAAAGAAAUCUGUGUUGUUGUCCGAAAAGGGACGAUGUUACUGCUGAAGAAAUCCAAUAUAUUUUUGGAGUAUCUGAAAAACAUGUUCUUUUGAAUUCGUCAAAAUAACGUUUCUUGCAUUUUCGGAAAAAAAAAUCUAAAACAAAACCUAAAUUAGCACUGGAACACAGUACAAAGGUAUUGAAAUGCCUGCCUAAAAAUAGAUUUCAAAAUGAAGAACUUUGGAGUGUUGAAUGAGAUAUGUACAUUAAAAGAUGCAAUAGAUUUUAUGUAUCUGAUUGCCUCAGAUAGAAAGUAGAAGCUUGUAUAAUUUUAAAUGCAUGUGUACAUUUUCAUCUCUUCUAUUUCACGGUUUGGAUUCAAUAUAUUUUUAAACCUUACUUACAACUUCAUGUUGGCUUUUAAACAUAUUCACAAUGCAACUGUCAAGUCAUUAGUGUUUUGUUUAUUGCUCGCAGUUUUAAAAGCAUCUUCUUCAUUCAAACAUGUUUUGUAUAUUUUAUAACUAUAAAAAGUUGUCGAACGCUUUCAGAGGAGUAGCCAUUCGAACAUGGGUGUGGAUACUGCUUUUAAAUAUCUUUGGAUACUUACAUCACGUGGCCACGGCCCCUGAGAGCGUUCAACCAAUGAAUGAAGAGAGGAACCUACCAAAUAAGGUAUUAUAUAUCCGUCCGUGUUUUCCAUUAGUUUAAUAUAGAACUUACAGAGUUUAUAUAUAAAAUUUUAUGCAUUUUAUUUUAUUUGAAUCUAUUAUAUUUAUUGGCGAUUUAAAGCUCUUGCUCUGAUAUGUAAGGUCUGUGUUUUUUGAGAUCCCAGUUCAUUUACGUCCUAUGUACUUACUACUCAUUUAGGAUAAAAAUCUCUAUUUUCUUAUAAUGUUGUCUGUGAUAUGAAUGUUUACAAUAAUAAAUUAAGUUUCAACGUC